AACCUGGCGGCUGGAGUUUUCCCCUGAGCUGCGGAUCCCAGAGCUGUGCGUUCCCGGGGCUCUCGCUGCUGCCGUAGUGUAGUGUUGGGAUUCUAAUCGUGAUGGGGACAAAGGCGAAAGCCGGGGGAAAACAACUGCUUCUCUUUACAACGGCGAUCCUGUGUCCCCUGGUGCUGGGCAAGGGUACAGUACACAUAUCUGAACCGGAAAUUCGAGUUCCCGAGAAUAACCCGGUCAAGUUGCCCUGCUCCUACUCUGGCUUCUCUUCUCCCCGUGUGGAGUGGAAGUUUGUCCAGGGUGACACCACCAGUUUGGUUUGCUAUAACAACAAGAUCACGGCUUCCUAUGAGGACCGUGUUACCUUCUCACCAUCUGGCAUCACCUUCCAAUCUGUGACCCGGAAAGACAAUGGGAUGUAUACAUGUAUGGUCUCUGAGGAAGGUGGCAACAAUUAUGGGGAGGCCAGCAUCCAGCUUAUUGUGAUUGUGCCUCCAUCUAAGCCUACAGUCAACAUUCCCUCCUCUGCUACCAUUGGAAACCGGGCAGUACUGACCUGCUCAGAACAAGAUGGUUCACCGCCCUCUGAAUACAUCUGGUUCAAGGAUGGGAUACAGAUGCCUACAGAUCCCAAGAACAACCGGGCCUUCAUCAAUUCUUCCUAUACUCUGAAUCAGAAGUCAGGGGAGUUGGUCUUUGAUCCUGUAACGGGCUCUGAUACUGGAGAAUACAGUUGUCAGGCACAGAAUGGGUAUGGGACACCCAUGAAGUCAGAAGCUGUACGCAUGGAAGCCGUGGAACUGAACGUGGGAGGCAUUGUAGCAGCUGUCCUGGUGACACUGAUUCUCCUUGGAGUCUUAAUUUUUGGCAUCUGGUUUGCCUAUAGCCGAGGCUACUUUGACAGAACAAAGAAAGGGACUUCAAGUAAGAAGGUGAUUUACAGCCAGCCUACUGCUAGAAGUGAAGGGGAAUUCAAACAGACUUCGUCAUUCCUGGUGUGACCUGCCCUGGCUCAUCUCCUGUCCUCUGUGCUUGCCCCACUCAGGUGCUGCCAGACUCUGGUCCCUAGUGUCUAGUUUCACAGGAUGCCUUAUUUGUCUUCUAGACCCCACAGGACACCCCACUUUUAUCUUCCUUAGAAUGUGAUUGUAAUAAUGUCAGCUACGUGCCCCUUUUUCUUUUCUAUCCUCCCUACCUUUCCGACCACUGUUGAGUGGCCUGAGACUUGUAUAAAUUUUAAUUCCCUGUCCUAGCAGGGAGCAGGCAUGAAUUCUGGGCAUGCCUCUGUUGAUCUCCUUCGCUAAGUAGACAGCAAGAGUGGCAUGGCUUCCAGGAAUUCAAAAUCACUACCUGGCCUUACUGUCAUGGCCUUUGAAUAAGGAUCUUGAGCCUAACUCCUAGGCUCUCUCCUGCCAUAACGAGGACUGGUGCCAGCUGUUCUGGAGUGGGAUCUGGAGAGCAGAGAAGCUGAAAUGGUUGUUUGGUGACGACGUUCUCUUCCAUCUCUGGAGCUCAUUCUUCUGUCUUCCCACGAAAAGUGCCACUGGGAUCCUCCUCGCUAAAUCUUCCUCCUGAACACAAGCAGACUGACACUGUGUCCAUAGGAAAGUGGGAGGGCAUAGUGAACUUUCAGGGGACUUGGAGCGAAGACUUAAAACCACUGAUUGAAAGAAAAGAAGGCUAGAACUUUCUGUGCAAGCCAUCACUCUUCCCUCAGCUGGAACAACUGGACAGACUCUUUAAAGAUAUCUGUAGAGCUGUGAGGAUGUGCACGUAUUAUUUGUCUUGGUUCUUUGCUGAGCGCGCGCGCGCGCGUGUGUGUGUGUGUGUGUGUGUGUGUGUGUGUGUGUGUGUGAGUGAGUGUGGUCUUAGCUAUAUUUUGAAAUCAGGCGGAGUGUUGGAGGGCUUCCUAGCUCUUCUGUGAGAUUGUGUUUCUGUAUGUUUGCAUCAACCAGAUGUUUCUGGAAAUAAAAACUUGGUUUGUCAAA